AAAGGGGCAUUGAUUUCCUCCAUUUUAGUGUUCUCAGGGCUCAGUGAGAGAAGCUCUCUGAGCGAUCUGACACGGGGGUUUAGGUUCUUUUCCUUAACCAAAAUCGCUCUUUUCUCGUCUUUUUUCCCUCAUUCUCGGCUUUCUUGAGGAAAUUAUUGGCCAGAGUCGUCGUGUUUUUCCGCAGGAGUUUGGAGAAAAGGAGGAAUUUUGACGUGAUAAGGCGAUGGGGACAGUAGUAGUAGUUCCUCUGGUUUAUUUGACCGGAUCUUGAUUCUUUUGUCCCUGCCCUUUUGAUCUCCUAGUACUGUUAGGGUUAUGUCGAUUUUCUUGCUUAGUCUGGUUUCUUAGUGUUUUGUGCUGCCAAUUAUUACAAGUCGAAUUGUUAUUCUGGUCGUUGCUGUCGUAAUUUGGAGACGAAGAAUAGAUUUUGAAGCGUAGGGCUUAUGGGUUUAGGAAUUAUUUGUCAGCUGCAGUGCCUCGGUGCAUGUUUCAGGAGGCUUUCGCCGUAAAAAUUUUCAUCUUUCCUGAUCUUUGUUAGAAUUCCUUGGAACGUAGUUAAAUUUUCGAGUGCUUAGUGGAGAAAAGCGCUCAAAUUUUCUUCUUUUUUUGACUUCGGAAGAGGUUCUCGAGUGUGAUCUUACUCCUCAGAGUAGCCCUGUAGGAAGUUUUGGAUGUUAUUGGCGUCGCUGUAGGAUUUGGAUUGCCUGGUAGGUAAUGGUGCUUACAGCUCGCUGCUUGGUCGCAUGGAAGUGAGGUUGGAGCAGGGGACUAUGGCUAGUAGAGAAACCUCCUCGUUGUUCUUUGGUGUGCAGAAAAAUCCGGUGCAAUCGCAGCCGCCGGCGAUGCAGAGCUUGCGAUUGGCCUACGUGGCAGAUGGCACGGCUAUCUUCAAGCCGAUAUCCAGUCCAUCUCCUGCUCCUCCUCGGCCUUCUCCUCCUCCUUAUCAAGGAGGAGAUGGAGGAGAGAAUGCUGGAGCUGGAGAUGGUAGCUCUGCGGUGAUCACACCCCAUGGCCUGAACAUCAACGUUGGAGAGCCAGUGAAACGGAAGAGGGGGCGGCCGAGGAAGUACGGACCCGAUGGCCUUGCUCUGAACCCUUUAUCUACAGCUGCUUCAGUCUUGCCGGUAGCCGGUGCAUUCUCUCCUCCUGCAGGGAUGGCUAACCCGGCCGAUGCCACUAAGAAACCAAGGGGCCGGCCACCGGGUUCCGGCAACAAGAAGCAGAAGCUGGGUGCUCUAGGAUCAUCAGGAACUGGAUUUACUCCUCAUGUUAUUACAGUAACGGCAGGAGAGGAUGUAUUUUCAAAAAUUAUGUCAUUUUCUCAGCAUGGAUCACGUGCCAUUUGCAUUCUUUCCGCAAAUGGUGCCAUAUCUAAUGUAACUCUUCGUCAGCCAGCAACUUCUGGUGGUACUGUAACUUAUGAGGGACGAUUUGAGAUCUUGUCAUUGUCUGGAUCAUUUUUGCUGUCAGAGAGUGGUGGACAGCGAAGUCGAACAGGUGGCUUGAGUGUAUCGCUAGCUGGUCCUGAUGGACGAGUUUUAGGUGGUGGAGUGGCAGGACUUUUGAUGGCAGCAUCCCCAGUUCAGGUAGUUAUGGGGAGCUUUAUACCUGAUGGAAAAAAGGGCUCGAAACAGAUUAAUCCCGUAGACCCAACAUCGGCCCCUGGAAAGCUUGCCGCAGAUGGGAUGACGGGAGCCAGCAGCCCACUUUCGCGGGGCACCAUGAGUGAAUCCUCCGGUGGCCCUGGGAGCCCACUCAACCAGAGCACCCCUGUGUGCAAUAACAGCAAUCAGCAAGGCCUCUCUAACAUACCAUGGAAGUAACUUGCGCUUACUUGCGUUCUUACUGUUUUGAACCCUUAAUAAGCUUAGUUCAAGUGAAGAAGAGGGAAAAUCACUAAAAAUUCCCCUCAUCAUAUUACUUAUGUUGCUCUUUGUAGCUAUUCUUUAGUCGUAUCGGCACAUCAUACUAGUGCCUGAAGUUGAAUCAGAAUGUGCCAUCAAAUGUUGUCAUGUCAGUAUAUAUGUGCUUGUCUGCCCCAAAUCCUUGGAUCUACUCUUCCUCCAUGUCAGUUUGAAUAUAUGUUGAUGAUUAUAUA